AUGGACACGCUUCACGCGAGAGCUGAUUGGGAGAGUGUCGGGGACAGAUGGUUCCGCAAGACACAGCAGUAUACAGCUGUGUUUGACCAAGAUCUCGACUUGGAUAAUUAUAUUGUCGCCGGAGCUCCAUAUGCAGGAGCAUUAGCAUUAUGGCGCGACGACACAAAGCUUGUGGCGUAUCAACCUGGGCGGUCAGCGAAACCAGCAAUCGAUAUUUACAGUCUUGCUGGAAAGAAGCUGCGCAGUAUCCCUUGGGAUAAAGGAAGCAUCAAGGGACUUGGUUGGUCCGAGAAUGAGACUUUGUUAGUCGUUACUGCUGACGGUAUUGUCCGUUGUUAUGAUCUGCAAGGAGACUUUACACAGUUCUCUCUCGGACAUGGUGCCGACAACUAUAGUGUUGAGUCGUGCCGUUUCUAUGACCAUGGUAUGGUAGCACUUUUGGGAAACAACACUCUUAUCACAGUUUCUUCCUAUACCGAGCCUCGACCCAAGGCGCUUGCGCAGACACCGGAAGCCGAAAUCCACGCAUGGUCAAUCAUUUCACCAAAUCAUACACUCUCGAGGUCUGUCGAGGUGUUAUUGAGUGUCGACAAGACGGUCUACGUCGUUGAUGCUACAGACUGUGAAGAUCGUUUCCUUGAUAUUGGACCCUUUAGUCACAUCAGUGUUUCUCCGGAUGGACGCUAUGUGAAUCUUUAUGCUAAGAACGGGAAAGCUCAUGUCAUUUCAAGUGAUUUCCAGGAGCGGCUGUUCGAACACGACUCAAACUCGCAGACACCGCCUUUAUACGUCGAGUGGUGUGGCUCUGAUGCGUUGAUUGCUUGGGAGGAUGAAGUGCACAUUAUUGGACCUGGCGAGACUUCCUCCUCAUAUAUCUAUGACAGCACGCGAGUGCAUGUAGUUUCUGAGCAUGAUGGUGCUCGCUUAAUCACGAAUGACUUCUGCGAGUUCUUGGAAAGAGUGCCACGAGACACUCUUGAAGUCUUUGGUCAAUCUUCAGAUUCAUCCCCAGCCUCGAUUUUGCUCGAUGCUGUAGGCCAACUGGAGCUUCAGUCCCCCAAAGCUGAUGAUUAUAUUCAACUAAUACGACCUAACCUUACGGGAGCCGUGGACACCUGUGUCAAUGCGGCUGGACGCGAAUACGAUACGCACUGGCAGAAACGUCUGCUAAAGGCUGCCUCAUUCGGAAAGUCUGUGCUUGAUAUCUACAACAGCGACGACUUUGUUGACAUGUGCGAGACUUUGCGUGUACUAAACGCUGUUCGAUAUUACGAAAUUGGAAUGCCUCUGUCAUUUGAGCAGUAUCACCGCCUGACGCCAGAGUCUCUUAUCCGACGACUCCUAAACCGACACGAGUACCUUCUCGCCUUGAAGAUCACAGGUUAUCUUAAGCUACCUACAGACAGAAUUUAUGUUCACUGGGCAUCGAGCAAGGUUCGUGUGGGAGGCGAGGAUGAUGACACCAUCUGCCGGUUGAUCGUGGAGAGACUGUCUGGCAAACCUGGAAUAUCCUUCGAAGAGAUUGCGCGUGCAGCAUACCAAGAAGGACGAGGACGACUUGCCACGGAACUUCUUAACCAUGAGCCUCGUGGUGGUAGACAAGUUCCACUCCUUCUAAGCAUGGAGGAGGAUGAGCUUGCUCUUGACAAAGCCAUCGAGAGUGGUGAUACAGAUCUCAUACUCACGGUUUUGCUACAGCUCAGGAAAAAGCUUCCUCUUGCUGCAUUCUUCAGGGUGAUCAAUGCACGACCUACGGCAACAGCUCUCGUGGAGGCAUUGGCAAUGGAGGAGGGUGAUAACACACUGCUCAAAGAUCUCUACUACCAAGACGACCGACGAACAGAUGGCGCCAAUGUCUUUAUUCGAGAAUCACUCAAGCAGCCUGACGCUCGUACAACGUCCGACAAAUUGGCUCUGGCAGCAAAACUGCUGGCUGAUUCGAAGGAGUCAUCGUUCGAGGUUCACGCUUUGAAGGAAGCCACUACUCUGCUACGUAUGCAGGAAGCCUUUGAUCGGGACCUGACGGAUACCUUUACGGGGCUAAGCGUGCACGAAACCAUGUUUAAGCUUAUUCGACUAGGAUACCAGGGACGGGCCAAGAAGAUCCAGAGCGAGUUCAAGGUCCCUGAGAAAGUGGCGUGGUGGAUUCGAUUACGAGCACUAGUAGCUAAACGAGACUGGAGCGAGAUCGAGGAGAUCUCCAAGACGAGGAGGAGCCCCAUUGGCUGGGAACCCUUCUUUAACCUCACUCUCCAAGCUGGUAACCCAAGGGUAGCUUCUGUUUUCAUCCCCAAAUGCACAGGAGUGGAAACUGGAGAGACGAUCACCAUGUACGAGAAGUGUGGUAUGCGUGUUAAGGCAGCGCAAGAAGCUGUGAGACUCAAGGAUAGCGAAUCGUGGGAGAGGAUUCUGGAGGAAGCAGGAAGGACGACACAGGAAGGAAGAGAGAUCGAGCGGCUGGGUCAGUCGGCUUUCAAGAAGUAG